CAUAAGCGUAUUAUUUAACGAUGUUUCUCAUGUGUGUAUUUGCGCGGUGCAUUUCAUUCUGACUGUUAUCGAAGGAAGAUGCGACUCGCAGUGCAUGCUGGGCGGUGAACAGUAGCUGGUGGCUGGGGCAUGCAUUGCACAGGCUGGGUGGGGGGUCAAAACGGCUGCUGGUGAGAUUUGUAUAACUUCUUGAUUUUGAAGGUUUGCACCUAGAACUGUAGAGAUGGCUUUCGUGGCAUCACAGGGCCCUACCGUAGUCGAUCAGACCACCUUGAUGAAGAAAUAUCUGCAAUUUGUGGCUGCACUGACUGAUGUCAACACACCUAAUGAGACCAAGCUGAAAAUGAUGCAGGAAGUCAGCGAGAAUUUUGAGAAUGUUACCUCAUCUCCCCAGUAUUCAACUUUCUUAGAGCACAAUUAAGGAAAUUGGUUCUAGAAAUCAUCCACCGAAUUCCAACAAAUGAGCAUCUACGUGCCCACACCAAGAACAUCUUGUCUGUGAUGUUUCGCUUUUUAGAGAUUGAAAAUGAAGAAAAUGUGCUAAUCUGUUUACGCAUCAUUAUUGAAUUGCACAAACAAUUUCGACCACAGAUAACACAAGAGAUUAGUCAUUUUCUUGAUUUUGUAAAACAGAUAUACAAGGAUUUAGCAAAAGUUGUGGGCCGGUAUUUUGAAAACCCGCAGGUGAUUCCAGAGAAUACUGUUCCCAAUCCUGAGCUUGUUGGCAUGAUUACUACUGUAGCAGUUAAAGCUAAUCCUGAACGAGAAGAUAGUGAAACAAGACAACAUACCAUCAUCCCUAGAGGAUCGCUGUCAUUGAAGGUUUUGGCAGAACUUCCUAUUAUUGUUGUAUUAAUGUACCAGCUGUACAAACUGAACAUCCACAGUGUUGUGUCAGAAUUUGUUCCCUUGAUCAUGAAUACCAUUACACUGCAGGUCUCUGUGCAGGCCAGGCAGAAUAAGCUAUAUAACAAGGAACUGUAUGCAGACUUCAUCGCUGCUCAAAUUAAAACCCUUUCCUUCUUGGCCUACAUUAUUAGAAUUUACCAGGAUCAAGUUGCCAAAUAUUCACAACAGAUGGUUAAAGGGAUGCUGCAGCUACUUUCAAACUGUCCUUCCGAGACUGCCCACCUCCGUAAAGAGUUGCUGAUUGCUGCCAAACACAUACUGACAACAGAUCUGCGUAGCCAAUUUAUUCCGUGCAUGGAUAAAUUAUUUGAUGAGUCUAUUCUGAUUGGCUCAGGAUAUACAGCUCGAGAGACGCUAAGACCUCUUGCUUAUAGCACACUAGCAGAUCUUGUACAUCACGUCCGUCAGCAUCUACCACUCACUGACCUUUCCCUCGCUGUACAUCUCUUUGCCAAGAAUAUUGAUGACGAGUCUCUUCCCAGUAGCAUACAGACCAUGUCCUGCAAGCUGCUUUUAAAUCUUGUUGACUGCAUUCGAUCUAAAAGUGAACAGGAAAAUGGAAAUGGACGCGACAUCCUUAUGAGAAUGUUGGAGGUAUUUGUUUUGAAGUUCCACACUAUUGCUCGAUACCAGCUGCCAGCAAUCUUCAAGAAGUGUAAACCUCAGUCUGAACUUGGCACAGUGGAUACUACCCUGCCUGGAGUUCCUGCUACCCCCACAGCUCCUGUUCUUCCUGCACCGCCUGCCCCAGCAACACCUAUAACCCCUGCCCCAGUGCCAGCAUUUGACAAGCAGGGAGAUAAAGAUAAAGAAGACAAGCAGACAUUCCAGGUUACUGACUGCCGGAGCUUGGUGAAGACCUUGGUGUGUGGUGUGAAAACAAUUACAUGGGGUAUAACAUCGUGUAAAGCACCAGGAGAAGCUCAGUUUAUUCCUAACAAGCAGCUGCAACCCAAAGAAACACAAAUUUACAUAAAGCUUGUUAAAUAUGCGAUGCAAGCAUUGGAUAUCUACCAGGUUCAGAUAGCAGGCACUGGACAAACUUAUAUCCGUGUAGCAAAUUGUCAGACAGUAAGGAUGAAAGAAGAGAAGGAGGUUCUGGAACACUUUGCUGGUGUCUUUACAAUGAUGAACCCAUUAACAUUUAAAGAAAUCUUUCAGACUACUGUUCCAUACAUGGUUGAAAGGAUUUCCAAAAACUAUGCUCUUCAGAUUGUUGCAAAUUCUUUUCUGGCAAACCCUUCCACAUCAGCCUUAUUUGCUACAAUUCUUGUAGAAUACCUUUUGGAAAGGUUACCAGAGAUGGGUUCAAAUGUGGAACUUUCAAACCUCUACCUCAAGCUUUUCAAAUUGGUUUUUGGCUCUGUAUCACUAUUUGCAGCUGAAAAUGAACAAAUGCUUAAGCCUCAUUUGCAUAAGAUAGUCAAUAGUUCGAUGGAACUGGCACAGACUGCAAAGGAGCCGUACAACUACUUUUUGCUGCUGCGAGCCCUUUUCAGAUCCAUUGGAGGAGGCAGCCAUGAUCUCUUGUACCAAGAGUUUCUCCCACUUCUGCCAAACCUGCUGCAGGGUUUGAACAUGCUGCAAAGUGGCCUGCAUAAACAACAUAUGAAAGAUCUUUUUGUAGAGUUGUGCCUUACAGUCCCUGUUCGAUUGAGUUCCCUUCUGCCUUACCUUCCCAUGUUGAUGGACCCCCUGGUUUCUGCCCUGAAUGGCUCUCAGACCCUUGUCAGCCAGGGUUUGCGAACGCUUGAACUGUGUGUGGAUAAUCUGCAGCCAGACUUUCUGUAUGAUCAUAUUCAGCCAGUAAGGGCAGAACUUAUGCAGGCUUUGUGGCGAACGCUGCGCAAUCCUGCUGACACAAUUUCUCUUGUGGCUUAUCGUGUUCUUGGAAAAUUUGGUGGCAGUAACCGGAAAAUGCUAAAGGAGUCACAGAAACUGCAGUAUAUAGUUACCGAGGUCCAAGGUCCCAGUAUCACAGUAGAGUUUUCAGACUGUAAAGCAUCAAUCCAGCUUCCCAUGGAAAAGGCAAUUGAAACUGCUCUUGAUUGUCUAAAAAGUGCCAACACGGAACCUUACUAUCGAAGACAGGCCUGGGAGGUAAUUAGAUGUUUCCUGGUAGCUAUGAUGAGCCUGGAUGACAACAAACAUGCCUUGUAUCAACUUUUGGCACAUCCAACCUUUGCUGAGAAGUCUAUCUCCAGUGUAAUUAUUUCACAUCGAUAUAAAGCACAAGAUACUCCUGCUCGUAGAACAUUUGAACAGGCCUUAACUGGGGCAUUCAUGUCAGCUGUCAUCAAAGAUCUGCGUCCAAGUGCUCUUCCGUUUGUAGCCAGCCUCAUCCGUCACUAUACAAUGGUGGCAGUAGCACAGCAAUGUGGCCCCUUCCUGCUGCAGUGCUAUCAAGUGGGGAAUCAGCCCAGCACAGCCAUGUUUCAUAGUGAAGAAAAUGGUUCUAAAGGAAUGGACCCUCUGGUACUGAUUGAUGCAAUAGCAAUCUGCAUGGCUUAUGAAGAAAAAGAGCUCUGCAAAAUAGGAGAAGUGGCCCUGGCUGUCAUCUUUGAUGUGGCAAGCAUCAUUCUGGGCUCAAAGGAACGGGCUUGCCAGUUGCCCCUCUUCUCUUACAUUGUGGAGCGUCUGUGUGCAUGCUGCUAUGAACAGGCCUGGUAUGCCAAACUGGGAGGAGUGGUUUCAAUUAAAUUCCUGAUGGAGCGACUGCCUUUGAUCUGGGUCCUUCAAAACCAGCAGACUUUUCUCAAGGCACUUCUUUUUGUUAUGAUGGAUCUCACUGGAGAGGUUUCCAAUGGUGCAGUUGCCAUGGCAAAGACAACCUUGGAACAGCUUUUGAUACGCUGUGCAACUCCAUUAAAGGAUGAAGAGAAAACAGAAGAGGUGUUGGCGGCUCAGGAGAAGUCAUUCCAUCAUGUGACCCAUGACCUAGUUCGUGAGGUCACUUCCCCAAAUCCAACAGUAAGGAAGCAAGCAAUGCACUCCCUGCAGGUUUUGGCCCAGGUGACUGGUAAAAGUGUAACUGUGAUCAUGGAGCCUCAUAAAGAGGUCCUGCAAGAUAUGGUACCACCCAAGAAGCACCUCUUACGCCAUCAGCCUGCUAAUGCCCAGAUCGGACUGAUGGAGGGUAACACAUUUUGUACCACACUGGAGCCUCGGUUGUUUACAAUGGACCUGAAUGUGGUGGAACAUAAGGUUUUUUACACAGAGUUGCUGAAUCUUUGUGAAGCAGAUGAUACUGCAUUAAUGAAACUACCAUGUUAUAAAAGCCUUCCAUCUCUGGUACCCCUUCGAAUUGCUGCUUUAAAUGCUCUGGCUGCUUGUAACUACCUGCCACAGUCCAGGGAGAAGAUAAUCGCUGCUCUCUUUAAGGCUCUUAACUCAACCAACAAUGAACUUCAGGAGGCUGGCGAAGCAUGCAUGAGAAAGUUUUUGGAAGGUGCAACCAUAGAAGUUGAUCAGAUCCAUACACACAUGAGACCACUGCUGAUGAUGUUGGGAGAUUAUCGCAGUCUGACACUGAAUGUAGUGAAUCGACUGACAUCAGUUACACGGCUUUUUCCAAAUUCUUUUAAUGACAAGUUUUGUGAUCAGAUGAUGCAACACUUGCGUAAAUGGAUGGAAGUGGUAGUUAUCACACACAAAGGAGGGCAACGAAGCGAUGGCAGUGAAAUGAAAAUUUGCUCGGCAAUUAUCAAUCUCUUUCACUUAAUACCAGCUGCACCUCAGACACUUGUGAAACCUUUGCUUGAAGUUGUAAUGAAAACUGAAAGAGCCAUGUUAAUAGAGGCUGGGAGUCCAUUUCGUGAGCCUCUUAUAAAGUUCCUGACGCGACAUCCUUCUCAGACUGUUGAACUCUUCAUGAUGGAGGCAACAUUAAAUGAUCCUCAGUGGAGUCGAAUGUUUAUGAGCUUUCUAAAGCACAAAGAUGCUAAACCUUUAAGAGAUGUUUUGGCUGCUAACCCCAACCGCUUCAUUACUUUGCUGCAGCCUGCAAGCACUCAGACAGCAGUUAGACCUGGUUCACCAAGCACCAGUAACAUGCGCCUGGAUUUGCAGUUCCAGGCAAUAAAGAUCAUAAGCAUUAUUGUGAAGAAUGAUGACAGAUGGCUAGCAAGUCAGCAUGCGUUGGUGAACCAUUUGAAGAAAGUGUGGGUGAAUGAAGCCUUCCAGGAGAGGCAUCGGAAGGAGAACAUGGCUGCAACAAACUGGAAAGAGCCCAAACUGCUUGCUUAUUGUUUGCUAAAUUAUUGCAGGUACAACUAUGGUGAUAUUGAGCUGUUAUUUCAAUUGCUUCGAGCAUUUACUGGUCGUUUUCUGUGCAAUAUGACAUUCCUUAAGGAGUAUAUGGAGGAAGAAAUACCCAAAAACUACAGUAUUGCUCAGAAGCGGGCACUUUUCUUCCGCUUUGUGGAAUUUAAUGAACCAAACUUUGGAGAUGAGCUGAAAGCAAAGGUUUUGCAGCAUAUACUGAACCCUGCCUUCUUGUACAGCUUUGAAAAGGGGGAAGGUGAACAGUUACUGGGACCUCCCAAUCCUGAAGGAGACAAUCUUGAGAGCAUCACCAGUGUCUUUAUCACAAAGGUUUUAGACCCAGAGAAGCAAUCUGAAAUGCUCGACUCUCUCCGCAUCUACUUACUGCAGUUUGCUACCCUGCUAGUUGAACAUGCCUCUCAUCACAUCCAUGAUAAUAACAAGAACCGGAACAGUAAACUCCGACGUCUUAUGACGUUUGCUUGGCCUUGUCUGCUUUCCAAAGCCUGCGUUGAUCCAGCUUGCAAGUACAGUGGCCACUUGCUACUGGCACACAUUAUUGCCAAGUUUGCUAUCCAUAAGAAGAUAGUCCUGCAGGUUUUUCACAGCCUCCUCAAGGCUCAUGCAAUGGAAGCUCGUGCAAUUGUGAGACAGGCUAUGGCUAUUCUGACACCGGCUGUGCCUGCCCGUAUGGAAGAUGGCCAUCAAAUGCUGACCCACUGGACCCGGAAGAUCAUUGUAGAAGAGGGGCAUACAGUACCUCAGCUGGUGCAUAUCCUUCACUUAAUUGUGCAGCAUUUCAAGGUUUACUACCCAGUGAGGCAUCACUUGGUUCAACAUAUGAUCAGUGCUAUGCAGCGGCUUGGCUUCACUCCUAGUGUCACUAUCGAACAAAGAAAAUUAGCAGUAGAUCUUUCUGAAGUGGUUAUUAAAUGGGAGCUACAGAGAAUCAAAGACCAGCAGCCAGAGUCUGAUUCUGAUAUCAACAGUAGUGGAGAUGGGCGAAGCUCUGCAUCUGGUGCUGUGAAGAGAGGCCUGUCGAUGGAUUCAGCUCAGGAUGUGAAACAAUUCCGAACUGCUACAGGGGGUAUCAGUAUGGUUUUCCCACGUAGUCAAUCUAUGCCAGGUGCUGACGCCCAUCUUUUGAAACCUAUUGAUAAACAGCACACGGAUACCGUUGUCAAUUUUCUCAUUCGAAUAGCCUGCCAGGUAAAUGAUAACUCCAAUACUGCUGGCUCUCCAGGAGAAUUGCUGUCCCGACGCUGUGUCAACCUUUUGAAGACCAGUCUUCGCCCCGAUAUGUGGCCCAAAUCUGAACUGAAGCUGCAGUGGUUUGACAAGCUGCUGAUGACUGUGGUACUUCAAGUGUUGCAUCGAAGUAUGAAGAGCUGGAGAGUUUAUAUGCUGCCGUUGGGAAAGUGAUUUAUGAAGGGCUUACCAAUUAUGAGAAGGCUGCUAAUGCUAAUCCCACCCAACUGUUCGGAACAUUGAUGAUCCUCAAGUCCGCAUGCAGCAACAACCCUAGCUACAUCGAUCGUCUCAUUUCUAUUUUUAUGCGAUCUUUACAGAAAAUGGUGAGAGACCACUUAAACCCACAGUCCACUCCUGGAACAACUGAAACAAAUGCAGCAGGUACAAGUGAGCUGGUGAUACUGAGCUUAGAUCUGGUGAAAACCCGCCUCGCAGUGAUGAGCAUGGAAAUGAGGAAGAACUUCAUCCAAGUUAUUUUAACCUCCCUGAUUGAAAAGUCAACUGAUGCAAAAAUUGUUCGAGCUGUGGUAAAAAUAGUUGAGGAGUGGGUAAAGAACAAUUCUCCAAUGGCAGUCAAUCAGACACCUACACUUCGCGAGAAGUCCAUCUUGCUUGUAAAGAUGAUGACCUACAUCGAAAAGCGCUUUCCCGAAGACCUUGAAUUAAAUGGCAUGUUUCUGGAUCUCGUUAAUGAUGUGUACAGGGAUGAGAAUCUGUCGGGCAGUGAGCUUACAGCUAAACUUGAACCAGCAUUCCUGGCAGGACUGCGCUGUCCACAGAAUCACAUCAGAAGCAAAUUCUUUGAGGUGUUCGACACUUCAAUGAAGCAUCGUGUCUAUGAGCGAUUGCUCUAUGUAACUUGCUCUCAGAACUGGGAAGCUAUGGGAAACCACUUUUGGAUUAAACAGUGCAUAGAGUUGCUGCUGGCAGUGUGUGAAAAGAACACGAUCGUUGGCACUAGCUGUCAAGGUGCCAUGCUUCCUUCCAUCACCAACGUAAUCAAUCUGGCUGACAGUCAUGAUCGAGCGGCAUUUGCCAUGGUAGCUCAUGUCAAGCAGGAGCCAAGGGAGAGAGAAAACAGUGAGACCAAGGAAGAGGAUAUGGAGAUUGACAUUGAACUUGCCCCAGGAGAUCAGAGUGGCACUCCAAAAAACAAGGAGCAGGCUGAAAAAGAUGCGGGAAACCAGUUGCACAUGCUUACCAACAGGCAUGAUAAAUUUCUUGAUUCUCUUCGGGAAGUUAAGACUGGAGCCUUGCUGAGUGCUUUUGUUCAGCUGUGCCAUAUUUCCACUCCAUUAGCAGAAAAGACCUGGAUCCAGCUGUUCCCUAGAUUGUGGAAAAUACUGUCUGAUCGUCAGCAGCAUGCUCUUGCAGGGGAAAUUAGCCCUUUCUUGUGCAGUGGAAGCCACCAAGCCCAGCGAGAUUGUCAACCAAGUGCCCUGAACUGCUUCGUAGAAGCCAUGUCACAGUGUGUUCCUCCCAUUCCUAUUCGUCCAUGUGUGCUGAAGUAUCUUGGUAAGACACACAAUCUCUGGUUCCGAUCCACUCUUAUGCUAGAACACCAGGCAUUUGAAAAAGGUCUGAGCCUUCAGAUUAAACCAAAGCAAACAACGGAGUUUUAUGAGCAAGAAAGUAUAACUCCUCCACAGCAAGAAAUCCUAGAUUCACUAGCAGAGCUUUACUCAUUAUUACAAGAGGAGGACAUGUGGGCUGGCCUGUGGCAAAAACGAUGCAAAUUUCCUGAAACUUCAACAGCUAUUGCAUAUGAGCAGCAUGGCUUCUUUGAACAGGCUCAAGAAUCAUAUGAAAAGGCUAUGGAAAAAGCAAAAAAAGAGCAUGAAAGGACCAGUGCUUCUCCUGCCAUCUUUCCUGAGUACCAGCUCUGGGAGGAUCACUGGAUUCGGUGUUCCAAGGAGUUAAAUCAGUGGGAAGCGCUUACAGAGUAUGGUCAGUCAAAAGGACAUAUCAGUCCCUACUUGGUGCUGGAAUGUGCUUGGAGAGUUUCUAAUUGGUCAGCUAUGAAGGAUGCCUUGGUCCAGGUGGAACUGAGUUGCCCCAAAGAAAUGGCCUGGAAAGUGAAUAUGUACCGUGGAUACCUGGCAAUUUGCCAUCCUGAAGAGCAGCAGCUUAACUUUAUUGAGCGUCUAAUGGAGAUUGCCAGCAAUCUGGCUAUUCGUGAAUGGCGGAGGCUCCCACACAUUGUGUCACACGUCCAUACCCCUUUGCUUCAGGCAGCACAGCAAAUAACUGAGCUUCAGGAAGCAGCACAGAUCAAUGCAGGAUUGCAGCCAACUAACCUGGGAAGAAACAAUAGUCUGCAUGAUAUGAAGACUGUGGUGAAGACAUGGAGGAACCGUUUGCCAAUUGUAUCUGAUGACUUGUCUCAUUGGAGCAGCAUUUUCAUGUGGAGACAGCAUCACUACCAAGCUAUUGUUACUGCGUAUGAAGGUAGCACUCAGCAUGAUCCCAGCUCCAACAAUGCAAUGCUUGGUGUCCACGCAUCUGCUUCAGCCAUUAUCCAGUAUGGCAAGAUUGCAAGAAAGCAAGGCCUUGUCAACGUAGCUCUGGAUAUACUGAGUCGGAUCCAUACAAUUCCUACUGUACCUAUUGUAGACUGCUUUCAGAAGAUCCGGCAGCAAGUGAAGUGUUACCUACAGCUGGCAGGAGUCAUGGGCAAAAAUGAAUGCAUGCAGGGCCUUGAGGUAAUUGAAUCAACAAAUCUCAAGUACUUCACUAAAGAAAUGACAGCUGAGUUUUAUGCACUGAAGGGGAUGUUUCUGGCUCAAAUUAAUAAGUCUGAAGAAGCAAAUAAAGCAUUUUCUGCAGCUGUACAGCUACACGAUGUCCUGGUUAAAGCAUGGGCCAUGUGGGGAGAUUACUUGGAAAAUAUCUUUGUUAAAGAAAGGCAACUUCAGCUGGGUGUGUCUGCCAUAACAUGUUACUUACAUGCUUGUCGCCAUCAGAAUGAAAGCAAGUCCCGUAAAUACUUGGCCAAGGUACUGUGGUUGCUGAGUUUUGAUGACGAAAAGAACACGUUGGCAGAUUCAGUAGACAAGUAUUGCAUUGGUGUCCCCCCUAUCCAGUGGCUUGCCUGGAUACCUCAGCUGCUGACAUGCUUGGUGGGCUCAGAGGGCAAGCUGCUUUUAAACCUUAUCAGUCAGGUUGGGAGAGUGUAUCCUCAGGCUGUGUACUUCCCUAUCAGAACCCUUUAUCUGACACUAAAGAUUGAGCAGAGGGAGCGGUACAAAAGUGAUUCUGGACAGCAGCAGCCAAGUUCUGUAGGGACACAGUCCCACUCAGUCUCUGAUCCUGGACCAAUUCGUGCCACAGCACCCAUGUGGCGCUGUAGUCGUAUUAUGCACAUGCAGCGUGAACUGCACCCUACUUUGUUGUCAUCACUCGAGGGCAUUGUUGAUCAGAUGGUAUGGUUCAGAGAAAACUGGCAUGAAGAGGUAUUAAGACAACUGCAGCAGGGCCUGGCAAAAUGUUAUUCUGUGGCAUUUGAAAAAAGUGGAACGGUUUCUGAUGCAAAAAUCACGCCACAUACCCUGAACUUUGUUAAGAAAUUAGUCAGCACCUUUGGAGUGGGUCUUGAAAAUGUUUCCAACGUAUCAACCAUGUUUUCCAGUGCAGCUUCUGAGUCACUAGCCCGAAGAGCGCAAGCCACAGCCCAAGAUCCUGUCUUUCAGAAGCUGAAAGGCCAGUUCACAACAGACUUUGACUUCAGUGUACCAGGCUCCACCAAGCUUCACAAUCUUAUUUCAAAGCUGAAGAAGUGGAUCAAAAUCCUCGAGGCAAAAACCAAACAACUUCCAAAGUUUUUCCUUAUUGAAGAGAAGUGCCGUUUUCUAAGUAAUUUUUCAGCUCAGACAGCAGAGGUGGAAAUUCCAGGAGAAUUUUUGAUGCCCAAACCAACACACUAUUACAUCAAGAUAGCACGAUUUAUGCCCCGAGUGGAAAUUGUACAGAAGCACAAUACAGCAGCAAGAAGGCUGUACAUCCGAGGGCAUAAUGGAAAGAUUUACCCAUAUCUGGUAAUGAAUGAUGCCUGCUUAACAGAGUCUCGAAGAGAGGAACGGGUUUUACAACUACUUCGGCUGUUGAAUCCCUGCUUGGAAAAAAGAAAAGAAACCACAAAACGACAUUUGUUUUUUACAGUUCCUCGUGUUGUGGCAGUGUCUCCACAGAUGCGUCUGGUUGAAGACAACCCCUCAUCACUUUCCUUGGUUGAAAUAUAUAAGCAACGCUGUGCCAAGAAAGGCAUUGAGCAUGACAACCCCAUUUCUCGUUACUAUGACAGGCUGGCAACUGUUCAAGCCCGAGGGACCCAGGCCAGUCAUCAGGUCCUCCGUGACAUCCUUAAGGAGGUUCAGAGCAACAUGGUGCCACGGAGCAUGCUGAAAGAGUGGGCUUUACACACUUUUCCAAAUGCUACAGACUACUGGACAUUCCGCAAGAUGUUCACUAUCCAGCUUGCACUGAUUGGGUUUGCCGAAUUUGUCCUUCAUCUGAAUCGUCUUAAUCCUGAAAUGUUGCAGAUUGCACAGGACACCGGAAAGCUGAAUGUUGCAUAUUUCAGAUUUGAUAUAAAUGAUGUUACUGGCGACCUUGAUGCCAAUCGUCCUGUGCCAUUUCGUCUGACGCCAAACAUCUCUGAGUUCCUUACCACUAUUGGAGUUUCUGGACCAUUGACUGCAUCUAUGAUAGCUGUUGCACGCUGUUUUGCGCAACCAAAUUUUAAGGUUGAUGGCAUUCUGAAAGCAGUACUUCGUGAUGAAAUUAUUGCUUGGCACAAAAAGACACAGGAAGAUACUUCCUCUCCACUCUCUGCAGCUGGGCAACCUGAGAACAUGGACAGCCAACAACUGGUGUCACUGGUUCAGAAAGCUGUUACAGCAAUCAUGACUCGACUCCAUAAUCUUGCUCAGUUUGAAGGAGGGGAAAGCAAAGUCAACACACUGGUAGCUGCAGCAAACAGUCUGGAUAAUCUCUGCAGAAUGGACCCUGCCUGGCACCCCUGGCUAUAAUCUGAAGCUUUGUUUGUAUAGACUUUGAAGGGUUUCUGGAGAAAAUGUAAAUUAACUAAUUUAUGCUAACCUCAUCACUGCCUCAUUGUCAUUUUUUUCUGUGAAAAAAAUCAUGACAUUUGGAGAGUUUUGAAUUGUGUGCAUGGCUGUGUGAUUGCUCGUGUCUGUGUGUGUAUUUGACCUCUCUUCACCCAUAAGGAAAAUGAGGCUGUGUAAUAAUGUGAAGUGCAAGUUUUUGCACUUGUAGUGCAUUAUUUUUGGGAUGUCAGAGCUUUAAACUGAAGGAAUGUAUAGCUGACAUCAGACAGUGUCACGGUGUAUUUCUGCUUCAGAACCAUCACAUGCAUCUCCUGUUUUUUGACAGACUGUGGAAAUAGCUACAACAGUAUUCUUGAAAAUGCCGUUUGAAGAGGGAAUCAGGAAUGUGGAGAACCACUAAAUUUAGUGCAGCAUUCUUCUUAUUUGUAAUCAGAUUAAUAAAAAGCCCAUGGCAUAUUCCCUUUUAAGCUCUUUAAAAAAGUUCUUGGUGAGAUUUUCAGCUUUAUUGGUUCUGAUGUCUGCUACUUUGUUUAAUUGAUUGGCAGGAGUGUUGAUUGAAACAGAUGUUCAUGAGAUGUACUUACAAACUACAGCAAAUAAGUACAUAGACAGGCAUGUGACUUUCUGCAUCCAGGAUUGUUGCAUUUGUGGUAUCCUUAAAUCCUUUAUUUAAGAUUAUACCUUUAAGACCACCAGUCGGGAGGAGCACAGCUUUAUUUAUGGUUAUGCAGUGGAUAUUUUCUGUUUUGUGUUUGAAGUGAAAUGAGCAGUAAAUUGGACCAGAGCUGAAAGACUGGAAUGCUGCUAACUUUUUUUCCAGCUAGCAUUAAUUGUCUGCAGGUGCUUUGUUUUUUCUGCAUACACAAAAGACGCCCAACCUUUACUGCCCCCUACCUUUUUUACUUAUGCUUCAGAAAACCAAAACCUACCUCUAGUUCGGGUCUGUUCCAAAGGAGCAUAGCAUUGUUAUUGUUCUUUUUUGUAGUAUGCAGGUAUGCUAAAGGUUUUUUGGGAGAAUGCAGCACUUUUUAAAGGCAUGCUAAAAAGACUGCAUAAGAUAGGAUAUAGACAGCUGUGUAAAACUUAUUGUUUUUAGUGCUGGCUUUUCCACACACUGAUGUGUACCACAACCCUUUGCUGAAACUGGCAUGCAUUUGCACAGUAUCGUGUGUUAUUAAUUGUUCUUACCCUGGAUUUUAUAUUUUUGUUUAGUAUCAUAUGCUAAUUAAGUGUUUUCUGACCAGAGGUUAGCUAGCAAAGCUGUAUCUUUAAGACUUUUGAUCGUAUAGGAUGUUGUUAUGUUGUGUCCAGGAAUGUAUUACUGGUGUGUUGUACCAGCAGCAUCAUAAACAGGGGGUAGAGCUGUAGUAGUAAAGAUGUUUUCAUUUCUAUAGGUAGUACUCUGAUUUCAGGGGCGUUAGAAAGUGCAUUCUAUGUUCCUCAUCUGUAGCUUUUAUUAAACCUUGGAUGGGUGCCAUUUUGCUCUUUGGUUGCAAUUGUUUCAUAUAUGAUGCAUGUUUUAUGUGGGGUGUCUUACUACACUUUGUAAUCCUGCUAAUUUGAGAAUCUUGGUUAUUGAACUUCAUCAUCUGUAUAAGCAUGCAGUGUCUAUAUUUGUAAAGGAGACUGCCAUUUUCUUUACUUCUGAAGCUUCCUAUUUGGAAUUAAGAUUUUUUUUUCAGUAGCAGGUUAAUUCUGCUGUAUAGCAGUUGACUUGACUUUUUCAGAAAGGUGCUCCAUUGUAAUAUUACUUUUGAGCCAAGAAUCCUUAUCAGGGUUUGGUAAGAGUAAAUGUCACCUGUGCUAUUGGUAUCAUAGUCAGAUAGUGUGUGCCUGAGCACCCGACCUUUUGGCAACACCCGACCCUGUCUGCAAGCAAUCUUUUUCACUUGACAGCUUGUAAACUGCCAGUUUUUUUUUUCCUAAGAACAGUUUACAAGCUGACCUUAAGCACUCAUGAUUGCCAAUAGAUAGCUUUUAAACUGUCAUAUUGCUCUGCUUUUAAAGGCAGCUUAACUGGCUUAAAAAGGGCAAAUUGACAAUUUACAAAUUGUCAUUAAGUGAUUACUUGUAGACAGUUUGUAAAAAGUAUGGUUUUCUUUUUGUAAAUGUAAUAGUCUGGCACUGAUUACAAGCUGCCUGUAUGUGGUAAUGGAGGAAAUUGCUUAAGUUAAUCAUCAUUGAUUGUGACAACAUUAACAUAUGUUAAAUGCAGUGGUAAAAAUAACAAGCGUCAAAUCUACUAAACAUAACCAUAUUAACAUUCAUAUAACGUAGGAACACCAUUAAGCCAAAGUAGUUUGAACAUCUUGUUUUUAGCAGCUUCAGUAGUCGUUUCCCCUGCCAGAUAAGUCUUGCUGAAUCCGUAUAUGUACUUUUUUCCCUGUUUAGAUCAAAGAUGUAGUCAUCCUUUUUCUGCUCUGUUGUCUUCUAUGAUCCGAGAGUAGAAUUGCAUUGUCCCAUUUUGAAUGGGUACUGCAGCUCAGACUCUGGUUCCUAUGGACAUUAAUGGAGAUCAGAAUCAAAGGCAUUGUAUCAGGCAUACAUCUGAUUCCACUGGUGUUUUUUUUUUUCACUAGGGUUUUUCAUCCAUGACGCUAAUGGUAAACAUAUUUUUUCUUGCAGUGACAUCAGCCUGAUGCAUCAUUUUUUGGCCCAAUAUAAUUACAUUUUUGCCCACGUCUGUUAAUUAUCUCGUAAUUAUUAGUGGAUAACCCCAUGUUUUAACUCUUAACUUUAUCUAGGCUUUUCUGAGGAAUACAGCCAUUAGACUUGUCAAUGCUAAACAUGUAGUAUAAAAUGAAUCCCCUUAUCCUUGUCACUUGGAAUUAAUGCAUAUAACCGUGAUUUAAUAGGUCUUGUAAACAGUUGUAGGCUUUGUCCCAGAUUCUAAAGGUGUGAAUUUGAGCUCUGGUUUCACCUUUGUUUGGAUGCUGUGGCAUCUUUCAUGCUUGCUUUCUGUCAUUUUUGUUUGAGUAAAACAGCAGCUGUUUUGACUGAAGUGCUGAAGAGAGGACUUGUUACAAAAGAUGUAACUGUGAUAUUUGUUAUUUUGACUUGUUUAUAGUUGGUGAUAAUUCAUAAUGUGUGGUAGCUAUGCAGACUGCUGUUGAAGCAAGAAUUGUUCAUCACAACUUCAGCAUUUCAUUCCAUCAGAUAUUGUUCUUAAAGCUAUAGUGAUGCCAGUGAUAGCUUGUAGUCAUUACUUUCUUUGCAACUCUGGUGGAGUCAGCUGGAAUUACAUGAAUGUCUGGUAGAAUUUGUAAUGUAAUAUAUUUUUCAGUGUAAGUAAUGUGCAUUCCUUCUGGACAAACACUGCAGAACCCAUCGGCCUCUGAUUAAGGCUUAAUUUAUUUUUAUAACCAUUUCCUAAACUGCUUUUGUUUUAUUUCCCUUUUUGUAACUCCCAUGUAUGUUCAUUUGUAUUUUUAUAUCCCAGAUUUGAAAAUGUGUCAUGAAAAUGACAGUACUGCAGCAUUUUCUGAAUAGCUGAGCAGCUUAUGUUAUGUAUUAGCUUUUGUGAAUGCAUUCAGUAAUAAUUAUUUUGUACAGAUGAUUUAAAUAUGAAAAAGAUGUAUAUGGUGUAGAAAUGAACGCUUCUAUUUUUGGUUCCUUUUAUUGGAAUUCUUACAGCUAUUUUAGCACAAACUCAGCAAUGUAAAUAUUCACGUAUGAGAUGUGAGUUUAAUACUGUCAACACAUUCAUGCGAUUCCAUAAAAACUGAUUCAUUUAUUUUUAACUCUUCAAUUUCUGCAGUUCUUAAAGCCUUGUAUUCUGUUGACAGUGUUUAAAAGCACUAAUUACUGUGUAAAUUUUACAUUUUCUGCCAGUAGUGCAUUUUUCUUGAGAGGCUGUUAAUACACAUUUUAAUGAUUUGUUUGUACUUGCUUGGCUUUUAAAUUCUAAAGCAUAGUUAAGGGAUCAUGCCCCUUUUUGUAGAAUGAACAGUCUCUUCUGUUUUAUAAUGAAUUAUCUUUUUUGUUUACUGUAAAGUGUUGCUAUUUUUUUACAUUCUUUUGUACUGAAAAUAAGCAAUAUUGUAAAAAAUGGCCCAUCAUGUUUCAGAGUAGAAUUUGUACAGAAGUUUUCAAAUUAAAGUCCAGUUUUUAAUAAGUA